AUGCCGAGACGGGAAUACAGCAGUAUACGCGAAGCAGCAGCGGAAUUCGCUCGACUUCUUGACAAAGCAGGAGCUCCCAACAUACACUUUGGCAUGAACACCGUUGGAACCAUUGGGAAUGAUUGCGAGACUAUUGACAUCGACAUCGUGGUAGAGGGCGAUAAGGUCAAGACCGCUAUACGGGCAAUCACAGACGCUGAAUACACCAAGUGCACCGACCAGGGCUGUCCUGAGCUCGGGGAGGACCGCCAUCCGCACCUCGAUUGGCUCCCAGAAAACACUUUGGAAGAGCGGAAGGCAAAGUUUGAGGCGAUAGUAAAUGACCUAUUGCUAAACAGGUUCCACCCCGUCGCCGAGGCACAUUUUCAUAUUCCGCGGCAUUAUAUCGUGUCGCUAUAUCGCAAAUCCCAUUUGCUUUGGUGGCUUCGCGAGAUUCCUGCUGGAGCACCGGCUCGGGAUGAUCCUGAUAUUGUCCAUUCGACCCAUUCAGCACGUCUUGCGCAACGAAAGCUUGGACAGUGGCCCGGCCCUAUUGAUAAGCACUCUCCACAAUAUCGUCUCGGCCAAAGCUACGGGCCGUGGUCUAAACGAUACCCUGUGAAAAUACUAAGCCCAAGAGCACAUAUUGAGGCUGUGAUCUUGUUGCUCUGCCGGGACUUCCACGUGGAGAGAAGACUUGAUUUCAGAUGGUUUUCCAUGCUCUGCAAUCUGGGAGAGAGAAAGAUCGGUACGCAGAGUGCUGCUCGUUAUAAGUUGAAGGACGAGUUCCAGCCUUUCUGGGACCAGUUGCGCGGCCACGUCCAGGUAGCGGACGACGCGAAUAUUUUUGCUCCAUUGUUCGAACUUCGCGACCAGCUGAUUGCAGAAGGCCGGCUCCCUGACCUGCCGCGAGGUAAUCCCGAGACUCAGACCCUCUAUCGUUUCGAAUUGACCGAGGAUUACUGCUCACACACAGGCAAGAGGCGGGCCCGCGCUGACAAGCGUCGUGGAUGGCUUUACUACAAGUUUGGUGUACCUGUCGCACCCAGGUUCCGAGAGCCUAUUCCGAGGCCGUGUUUUGAGGUUAGUUUGCCAUUAUUCUUUUCGUAG